AUGGCAAGGGCAAAGGGGGCAAGGGAGCGGGUGGAGCUAGAGGGGGGGGUGGGCGGGGGAGGUGGGGGUGGCGGGGGGAGUGGGGGUGGCGGUGGAGGUGGUGGCGGGAGUGGAGGUACUAGUGGAUGCGGUGGAGGCGGAGGUGGCGGCGGAGGAGGUAGCGGAGGAGGCGGGGGUGAGGGUGCCGGUGGGGGCGUGGCGGUGGAGACGGGGGUUGCGGUGGAGGCGGGGGUGGCGGUGGCGGCGGGGGUCGGGGUGGCUCGUCUCAGCGGAGCAGCUCUGGGGGUGGUGUGUCCCAGGUAG